CAUUUGGGGGAUAUCUGUACUGUUCUGACAUUUGGGGAUAUCUGUACUGUCCUGACAUUUGGGGGAUAUCUGUACUGUCCUGACAUUUGGGGGGGAUAUCUGUACUGUUCUGACAUUUGGGGGGGAUAUCUGUACUGUCCUGACAUUUGGGGGGAUAUCUUGUACUGUUCUGACAUUUGGGGGAUAUCUGUACUGUCCUGACAUUUGGGGGAUAUCUGUACUGUCCUGACAUUUGGGGGAUAUCUGUACUGUCCUGACAUUUGGGGGAUAUCUGUACUGUUCUGACAUUUGGGGGAUAUCUGUACUGUCCUGACAUUUGGGGGGUAUCUGUACGUUCUGACAUUUGGGGAUAUCUGUACUGUUCUGACAU